UUGAUCUGGGAACAGCUCAUUUUUCUAAGAUUUUUUUUUUAAAAUUUUUAUUUUCCUAAAAACUGGUUUGACUAAGUAAAGUUUAGAGCACAGUCUAUAAGGUGAAAGUUUGGAACAUACAUCUCUGUCAUCUGCUGCAGUGUUGUUUCAGAAAUCAUGUGCGCAACUGUGGAGUCAAGUUGUAGUGAAUGAUAGUUGGCAUCAACCCUUUGGAUUCAUUUGGAAAUCUCUGAAAUAAAGGAGUCUCUAUAGAUAAGCUUGUUUCCUCUUGUAUAGUGAUUGAUUGUGCCUGCUGUCUCUUCUUAGUUCUGUAGGUGGUUAAAAACUCUCAUUCAUUUGAGUAAUCAUAAGCAAAAAUACUAUUGAAGAAAUCCCACUCCCCCAAGGCCUCAUCUCCUCAAAAAAAUAAUAAAAAUGAAAAGUACUCUCCUGUUGACCUUUACAGCGCAGUUUUCUUGAGUUUCUAGAAAAAAUGUGUUUGCCCGUUAGUUAAGUGUCUUGUCAUUUUUCAUUGCAAAGAAUCUUGUUUUUGCAUAUAUGUAUUGUGAUGGAAUAGUGAGUUUUAUGCAUGGGAAUCACAACUCAGUUUGGUGGGGGCAGUUUUUACAAUAAUGGUGGUGUAUGUAUGGUGGGCUUUGCUACUUGCGCGCUGGUUCUGUUGAAGCUCUGAAGGGUGUUCAGGAAACAUUUGUUCAGUGCUAAUGAGUCAGGAAGCGAAGAAAGGGAGACAGGAUAAGGGUUCUAAUGUUAUGGAAAAGGUUAUGGUUGCUGUGAAGGCAUCCAAGGAAAUAUCCAAGAUUGCUCUUGUUUGGGCUUUGACACAUGUUGUUCAACCGGGGGAUUGCAUUGCACUUCUGGUGGUUGUCCCUUCACACAGUUCUGGUAGAAAAUGGACAUUUCCAAGGUUUGCAGGAGAUUGUGCCAGUGGCCAUCGAAGGUCACAUACUGGAACUAGUUCUGAGCAGAAAUCUGACAUAACCGAUUCCUGCUCCCAGAUGAUCCUUCAGCUCCACAAUGUUUAUGACCCAAAUAAGAUAAAUGUCAAGAUUAAAAUUGUUUCUGGGUCACCAUGUGGGGCUGUGGCUGCUGAGGCAAAGAGGAGUCAAGCUAAUUGGGUUGUCUUGGACAAGCAGCUCAAACAUGAGGAAAAACGAUGCAUGGAAGAGCUGCAGUGCAACAUUGUAGUAAUGAAGCGAUCCCAACCAAAAGUUCUUCGCCUUAAUUUAGUUGGAUCAUGUAAAAGGGAUACUGAACCUGCCAGUUCAUUACCUCCAGAACAAUCUGAAUCAAGUGAAAAUCAUGAUGUAGACAAGAAUCGUUCAUUGAAUUCUACUCGGGGACAACUUGUAACUCCCACAAGUAGUCCAGAGAUAUUCACUGCGACUGAAGCUGGUACAUCAUCAGUUUCUAGUUCUGAUCCAGGAACUUCUCCAUUUUUCAAUGCUGAAGGAAGUAGGGAUGUGAAAAAAGAGGAACUCUUAGGUACAAAAGAUCACAAUGGCAAUGACUCAGGUUCAGAGAGUGAUAGUGAAAAACUGUCUUGUUCCUCAAGUGUAAGGUUCCAUCCAUGGAUGGCAAACAUAGUCAAUCCACAGUGUCAGUCCUCCCAACACAUGCAGGAAAGCACUGUUAGAUGUAGUAGUCGAGCUCAAAACUCUACAGCAAAGACUAUGCUUGAAAAGUUCUCUAAAAAUGAUGAAGAAGGUGGAUUUGGAUCACCAAGCUUUAGGUCUGACCUGGAUUUCACUGCAAAUGUGCGAGAUGCAAUUUCACUAUCCAGAAGUGCGCCUCUUGGCCCUCCCCCCUUGUGUUCAAUUUGUCAACACAAGGCACCUGUGUUUGGUAAACCUCCUAGGUGGUUCAGCUAUGCCGAGCUUGAACAUGCAACAGGAGGAUUUUCUCAAGCCAAUUUUUUGGCUGAGGGUGGAUUUGGCUCUGUUCACAGAGGAGUGCUCCCAGAUGGCCAGGUAGUAGCUGUCAAACAACAUAAAUUGGCAAGUUCCCAAGGGGAUCAGGAAUUUUGUUCAGAAGUAGAAGUUCUUAGCUGUGCUCAGCACCGCAAUGUCGUUAUGUUGAUAGGAUUCUGUAUUGAGGAUAGCAGAAGGUUGUUAGUCUAUGAAUACAUUUGCAAUGGAUCUUUAGAUUCCCAUCUAUAUGGACACAACCAAGAUCCCUUAUUGUGGUCUGCUCGCCAAAAAAUUGCUGUUGGAGCUGCAAGAGGACUUCGCUAUCUUCACGAGGAAUGUAGAGUAGGCUGCAUUGUUCACCGAGACAUGCGGCCCAACAACAUUCUUAUCACCCAUGACUUUGAACCACUGGUUGGGGACUUUGGCUUGGCCAGGUGGCAACCUGAUGGAGAUACUGGCGUUGAAACACGAAUCAUUGGGACAUUUGGGUACUUGGCUCCUGAGUACACUCAAAGCAGCCAGAUCACAGAAAAAGCUGAUGUUUAUUCAUUCGGUGUGGUCCUCGUGGAGCUUGUUACUGGACGCAAAGCGGUAGAUCUUAACAGGCCCAAAGGCCAGCAGUGUCUUACAGAAUGGGCCCGUCCACUGUUGGAAGAGUAUGCCAUUGAGGAAUUAAUAGAUCCCCGGCUAGCAAACUGCUAUGAUGAACACGAGGUUUAUUGCAUGUUACACGCUGCAUCCUUGUGCAUACGUCGGGAUCCUCAAGCAAGGCCUCGCAUGUCUCAGGUGCUUCGCAUACUUGAAGGGGACCUCAUAAUGGACUCGGGUCGAAUGUCAACACCAGGGCAGAGCAGAAGGAUAUGGUCAGAUGCCUCACCACAGUAUCAAAGAUACAGCGGCCCUAUAUUAAACGAGGUGUUGGAGGGGUUUAACCCCAAGCUCUCAUUUGAGAAAACUAAAAUUCCUGACUGGGAGAAAGAUGAAGACAUUACCAGAACUUCAUGCGAAGUAACUGUUUCGCAUGGUAUUGCAGAAUUCUAGUGGAUAAUAUAUGCAGGUUGUUUAAGUAGGCGGGUGGUUUUGUUUAUGUAUACAAGUGAUAAUAGUGUUCAUGGUUUGUGUAAUUCAGCUGGAAAUGGAAAGCACUUGUUUUUUUCCUAUCGAGUUUAUAAUAGUUUCUAGUGCUCCGAAGGGAGUAGUUGAGCAGACGGAA